AUGGCCUCGUCGUCGUCUCCGGCGAGUAGCCACCCGCCUGGCCCGUUUGCUCUAGGGUUGGAGUCCUCGGCGAACAAGAUUGGCAUCGGCGUCGUCUCCAUCUCCGGGCAAAUCCUCUCCAACCCGCGCCAUACGUACAUCACCCCGCCAGGCCACGGUUUCCUGCCCCGGGAGACCGCGCAGCACUUUGCGCGGAUCCUCGAGCUCUCGAAUGACCCCAGCCCUGGGUAUAACAUCGAGCAGGUAACCGGUUCGUCAAAUGCUAAUUCUCUAUAUAUGACUUCCAGUUUACCAAUGUUACUAGAAGCUAGUCCGGCCAAAUCUUUGAUACAACAUCAACUGUUGUAUGGAGGACCCAAGCCUAUCUCCCACAAUAUAGUUUUAUCCACUUGGCAAGCCGUGCUACAAUCCUACCAUGUUGCCAAUUAUCUUUCUAUGCAUAUACCAAAUGGAAACCCUGAAUUAUGUGACUCUUGGAGUGGUCUGAGAUGUAUGGUUGUGUCAUGUAGUCUUCAUCUUUCCCAGUGGCAUGUUUAUUCAGUCUACUCUACAUGUCUUCCUCUCUUCCAGCUUGCAAAGAAGGGAGAGAAGUUCAUCGACCUCCCUUAUGUUGUAAAGGGUAUGGAUGUGUCAUUUAGUGGCAUAUUGAGCUUCAUCGAAGCUGCAGCGAUUGAAAAGCUUGAAAAUAACGAGUGCACACCAGCAGACCUGUGCUACUCAUUGCAGGAAACUCUCUUUGCUAUGCUUGUUGAAAUCACUGAACGUGCCAUGGCACAUUGUGAUUCGAAGGAUGUUCUUAUUGUUGGUGGUGUUGGAUGCAAUGAACGUUUGCAAGAGAUGAUGAGGAUUAUGUGCUCAGAGAGAGGGGGUAGGCUGUUUGCAACUGAUGAUCGAUAUUGUAUAGACAAUGGUGCGAUGAUUGCAUACACUGGUUUACUGGCAUAUGCACAUGGUGUGACCACACCCCUGGAGGACUCGACAUUUACUCAAAGGUUCCGAACUGAUGAAGUUCAUGCAAUUUGGAGGGAGAAGGAGGUUCCAGUAUUAAAUAACACAGAUUCUGAUGCAGCGGCUGAAGUAUCCAUAGAUGGAACCUCUGGGCCGACUCCAAUUGCUGUAGAUUCCUGA